CGACACGGUGCUUUGAACCAACCGUCGCGGAGAGCUGUCAACAACACCGCGCCAGAGAGGAUGGCGAGCUAACUAAGUUAGCCUGAAAUUGUGCUUUACUUAAACCAGACAUUGCUGCUCAAAACGCCCCACACAUAUUCCCUGGAUGGGUCUUUUCAAAUAAUAAGUUACACAUUCAUCAGGAUCCAUGUCUUUCCUUCGUUGGGUAUCAGAGAAAUUAAGUGUGGAGAGCCUGCGGGAUUUGGAGUUAUUUGGAGAGCAAGCUCAGGGACUCUCUCACAGGAAAGCCCAUGAGGACAGCCAGGACAGUCUGACCUCCCUCCCACGCCGGGACACCAUGGGCAGCUUCCUCCCUGACAGCAGCGCCUACGAGCUCCUCACUGUUAUCGGCCGGGGCUUUGAGGACUUGAUGACUGUGAACCUGGCCCGUUACAGACCCACAGGGGAGCAUGUAGCCAUCCGCCGGAUCGACCUGGAGUCAUGUACUAAUGACAUGGUCACAUACCUGCAGGGCGAACUUCAUGUGUCCAAGUUGUUCCACCAUCCCAGUAUUCUGCCCUAUAGGAGCAUCUUUAUCGCUGAAAAUGAGCUAUGGGUCAUCUCCCCCUUCAUGGCUUAUGGUUCAGCCAGAGACUUGAUCAGCACACAUUUUACUGAUGGUAUGAGUGAACUGGCCAUCGCAUACAUUUUGCUGGGCAUGCUCAAAGCUCUUGAAUACAUCCACCACAUGGGAUAUGUGCACCGGAGUGUGAAGGCCAGCCAUGUCUUGAUCUCAGCGGACGGGCAGGUCUGCAUGUCAGGCCUGCGGAGCAUCUUCAGUCUGAUCCGUCACGGCCAGAGGGCCAAAGUGGUCCACGACUUCCCCCAGUACAGCAUCAAAGUGCUGCCUUGGCUCAGCCCAGAGGUGCUGCAGCAGAACCUGCAGGGCUACGACUCUCGGUCAGACAUCUACAGCCUGGGCAUCACAGCAUGUGAACUGGCCAACGGGCAUGUACCCUUCAAAGACAUGCCGGCCACACAGAUGCUGCUAGAGAAACUCAAUGGGACGGUGCCAUGUUUACUGGACACCACCACUAUCCCGCCAGAGGAGCUGUCCAUGAAGCCGUCCCGCUCAGGGGCUGACUCUGGGAUCUGUGAGGGCCCCGGGGCUGGAGGGGCCCGCCACUCCAACGGAGAGCCCUCCUCCUCUUCAGCAGGUCACCCCUACAGCCGCACGUUCUCGCCGCACUUCCACGCCUUCGUUGAGCUCUGUCUGCAGAGGGAUCCGGAGAAGAGACCGUCUGCCACCGCUCUCAUAGGCCAUUCCUUCUUCAAGCAGAUAAAGCGCCGGCCCUCAGAGGCCCUGCCUGAGCUGCUGCGGCCCGUGUCGCCCAUCACCAGCUUCGAGAGCUCCCAGCCGCAGGACUCUCCCUCUGGGCUGGCCAGCCUGGAGUCCGGGCUCAGCCACCUGGACGUGGACGACUGGGACUUCUGACAGUGGAGAAAGCGACGGGGCAGACGCUUGAGAAGGAUUUUCACGUGAAAUGUUCUGAGAAGACUGGGCUGGAUUUACUUUUGUAAUGGGUCCUUGUAAAUAAUUCAAACCCCAGACUACAAGGAGUUGCUCCUCACACUGAGUUUAAAAGCCAGCAGCCAUCUUGCCUCUCUUUGAUGUCUCGCAAGCAUUCGCUCCUCUAUAGAUAUGCACAGACUCUUGCACUGAUGGCCUCAUUCUCCCUCACAGUAGACACACCUGUCUUGAGAUUCAUACUCCCUCAUGAAAAGCCCCCUGGAGCCAAAACAGACCAGGAAGCCUCUGUCCCUCGUGCUGAGGUGUUAAGAGGGUAGUUUACGGACGCAGAUGUAGCCUAGUCCUCAAGAUUCUUGUGAAAAGGAUUAGUGGAAAGCUGCUAAAUAUUCAGAGGGGAUUCUCUACCUCUUGCUUGAUCACAGCUACUUGACGUGGCCUGCCCGCUCAGUGAGACCUCAAGGGCUGACCCAAUUAGCCUUGUCUACACCAGAUGGAAGGUUCCAGAGCAUGUGUGUGCAUUACUUAGACGCUCUCUGCCUGUUUCAUCAUGCGCUACAUCUCAUGCUUCAAGCAUCACUUUUGUUGCACAGGAGUUAAAUAUAAACAUCAGUUCAUUUGAACCUUCAGAACAUAGGACUGUACUUUCCGGAGCGUUACUCUGGGCGAUGUUACAUUAUGUCAACAGUGAAUGUUACAAUGGUGCUUGUUUCGUCUGGUUGCAUGUAGAUUUGAAAGAACGGGCAGGGCACAGUGUUGCAAAUGUUCUAAACAGACUGUUUUACUUGACAAUAAACAUUGUUCACUUUAA